GAAUUUGAUUCUGUGAUGAGAAGGGAGAAUCCUUUUCAACUAAAGGCAACGCUAGCCUUCCCAUUUUGCAACGCUAACUUGGGGAUUUGAAGCAUCUCUAUCUCUCUCCACGGUCCCAGCUCUCUGAUAAUUGGUUUCAUGACAGUGAAGUACUUGUACAUGGUGAUGAGGAUAAAUGUAGAUUGCAAUGGCUGCUAUAGAAAAGUAAAGAGAGCCCUUCUUAAGAUUCCAGAAAUGGAGUCACAUCUGAUAGAGAAGAAGCAAAGCAGGGUAAUAGUGUGUGGGAGCUUCGUCCCUCAGGAUGUGGCAAUCAAGAUAAAGAAGAAGACUAAUCGCAGAGUUGAGAUAUUAGAAAUAGGAGACAUACAUGAGCAAUAGCAAUAGUGUGAGCGAGGAUGAGAAGCCUGUGAUCAAUAAUUCAAACCUUCGACUGAAGCCACAGUUAACCACUAGACACCUGGAAUGUUGUUGUACGUGUUAUUUCAUAUGCUAACACCCAUUUUGUCAAC